AUGCGUUUCUCAACCGUCGUCGCUCCAGUCGCCUUGGCCGCCGUCGCCUCUGCGGCCCCAUCUCUAAAGGCCCGUGCUGACGGUGAUGCCUCAUGCAUUCCCUACGAGGUCGCCAUCGGUAUUGAAACCACUUGGAUCUCCACCUUGACCAACUACGACCAGGCAACCGCCGAAAACCUGCUGUACCCUCAGCUCGUCGACUUCUCCGACUCGAUCAACUACAUCGCCGGUAUCCCGCUUGGUGGACCCACCUUCCCGUCAGCCGAAGCAUAUGAGCAAGGUCAGGGCGCUCAACCCCCCAUCGGUCUCACCGUCUUGGGUACUGAUGCCAUCACCUGCGACGGUGUCAUCGCUCUCCGAUGGGUCGGCCAGGUCGGUUUGAACACCUUACCCGCCCAAGGUAUCACCAUCUUGAAGGCCAUCAAGGUCGGUGACGCCGCCGUCGUCGGCCCCACCGGCUGGCAGCUCGCCGAGAUCCACACCGAGUUCAACUCGGCCGCCUGGAUCGUCGACAUUGGUGGCUCUUGCCCUCCCCCCUCUGCUCCUCCGGCCCUCGCUUAA